AUGACUAGCUGGGGUGAAAAAAGUGGGGACAGGGUUUCUUUUUGUAGCCCUGGCUGUCCUAGAACUCACUCUCUAGACCAGGCUGGCCUCCAACUCAGUGUUCUGUCUGCCUGUGCCCCCGGAGUGCUGGGAUUACAUGCGUGUGGCACCACUGUCCGGCUACAGCUCACUCUUCCUGCUGUCUCUGUCAGACGGUCAAAUCUGGAUGAAGGGCAGACGAGCAAGGAGGAGGUGGAGAAAGAAAAGCCAUCAAAAGCAGAUGCGAAGGUUCUGUCUGGAGAAGCCAAGAACCUCCCUGGACCCCUGACUCCUGGGAGGAAGGGCCACAGAGAAUGCCCACUUGAGGUCCUGAAGGAGCUCCACCCCCUGCAGUCCAGGUGGGUUCUGUGGUUCUUCAAGAGUGACCGAGGCCGGGCCUGGCAGGACAAUCUGCAGCUAGUUACCACGUUCAGCACUGUGGAGGACUUCUGGGCGACGUAUAGCCACAUCACGCUGGCCAGUAAGCUCUCUUCUGGCUGUGACUACGCCCUGUUCAAGGAAGGCAUCCAGCCCAUGUGGGAAGACAACAGAAACAAGCGUGGGGGCCGCUGGCUGCUCAGCCUUGCCAAGCAGCAGCGGCACACUGAGCUGGACCGCCUGUGGCUGGAGACGCUGCUGUGUCUGCUCGGGGAGAGCUUCGGGGAGCAGAGCCCGGAAGUGUGUGGCGCUGUUGUCAACAUCCGCACCAAGGGGGACAAGAUUGCUGUGUGGACGUGCGAAGCCGAGAACGAGGCAGCGGUGCUGUACAUUGGGCACGUGUACAAGGAGCGCCUGGGCCUCUCUGCGAAGACCAUCAUCGGCUACCAAGCCCACGCAGACACUGCUGCCAAGAGCAACUCGUUAGCCAAGAACAAGUUUGUGGUGUGAGGCAGGCUCCAGCCAUCAUUCCGGGCCGUCUUACUGCCAUUCCACGCGAGGGGAAGGCUGCACUGUGGACCAGGGCGCAGCUACAGGGUGGGGCAGACCGCCGGGCUCUUGUCUUGGGACACACACCAGCACUGCCCCUUGGGUAAGGCCUCACUAUGCUGCCCAGGCUGACCUCUCGUUUAUGGGGUUAAGCCAUCCUCCCGCCUCCUCCCACAUCCCUGGGAUUGUGCCUGAACCCACAGUUGUGCCUGAAUUCACAGUGAUUUUCGUCAGCGUUUGUUGGGCCCGGCCUUGUGGCAGAUGGCCGGUACUGGGGAAGCACAUUCAGUCCCUAGCUCUGCACGCGGCCCUUUGGCGAAGGCAGUGUGAAGCAAAGUCCUCGCUCAACCCUACCAACAGAGGACAGGAGAAUCCUGCGGCCAGCACCUGUCUGAGCCUGCCUGGGAGGGGACUGGGCAGCCUGAGGCAGGCUCUUCUGUCUGGGAGAAGGGCUCCAGGCCACUGAUAUUAAGAGUUGGGGUCCAGUUCUCUGUGAGCACUGCUUGAAAGCUAAUGGGUCAGACCUGCCGUUUGGGUGCCCAUCCUAAACCCCGAUCCUUCCCUAGACCAGUUGCGACUUGGUGCCCUCCCUACUACACCCGACUGCUGGAGUAGGUUAGAGGGAAGACACCGGCAUUUGUUCAAAGAUGGGUGGGCCCUGGGGACUGAGAAUGCCCCGCGCAGCCUUGGCAUCCGAACGCAGUCCCCUGGGUUCUGACUCUCAGCCUUAGGGAGGGGCUGGGGAGAAGGGCAAACCUUAACACCAUGAAGGGAUUGCAGUGGUGGCUGGGCCUCACCAUGGGUUAGAACGGGUCCACUCAAGGUGAAAAUGCUUCAGGGCCCAUUUGUAUCUGUCCUAAAUAA